AGGAAAUAUUGUGUGUGCUGGUUUUCCACAUUAGCUUACAGUGACUGAGAGGACCCAAUAAAGAGAGUAUUUAUUAUUUGUGAAAGGAAGGGUGGGCCACAUGGUGGUGACGUUUUUGGGGAGAAAAAAGGCCCUCCUGUGCGUCCCCCUAAAAACGCCCCUGUGGCUCGCGGAACCAAUUAAAUCCCCUCUCGCUGCGUGCAUGCCAACAUGAACACCGACAUAAACACGCUUCAUUGACACUCGCCGUGACGAUCUCCGGUCCGUGUUCAACCCGCUUUUAAGGCUGGAGUGCAAAUGGCAGAGCAGGAGGAGCAGCAGAUAACCGCGCUGGACACGCCGGUGCCUGGUCCGUCGGAAACGGGGCGAGCGGUGGCUCUUGCCCGGCUACUGCACCACGAAUGUAGUCGUCUGCUCCAGCUAUUCAAAGAAAAGGAGACCUCCUUUUCGGACCACACCCCUGACGGGGGACGCAUUGUGUCCUUGUCCCCAGCCCCAGAGGAGCCUAGCACGGAGCAGCAGGUGCAGCUGCUGCAUUCGGCUCUGCGGCAGUGCCUGGGGCUCAUUCACUGUCUCAUCCUGAAGGAAGACGAGGAAUGGGGGGAGCUAGAGGGCGACUACGAGACCCUAAGGAAGAACGUCAAACUCCGCCUGGAGCACUUGCUCCUCAGCACCAAAGGUCUGGUGGAGACCGAGAACAUGACCCUGGAAGUCACCCCAGACCACCAGUGCAAUGAGGAAACCGAUGGCGCUGGGGGAGUUUUCGGGCUCAAAAUGUGGACCUAUCGAGUGCUGCUGGAGCUUGUCCACUGGGCCGACCAUGCUGCGCAGACCCUCCAUGUCUUACACACAGAGAGGGAAGCAACACAAGAGAUGUGAUUUUUCUUAGUUUCAGUCCAAAAACAGCUAUGAAUGAACUCACUCAACACUAACAGCCAGCUUUCCCUGUUAUGUAUUCCAAAUUGAGUAUUAAGCCGUGUGGAAUAUACUCUGUGAACACUAGAGGUUAUAAAAUGUACAGCUUAACUAAAAUCACAACUAAGCUCCUUUAACAAAGCGCCCAUAGACAGCUUUUCCUAGACGUUGGUAUUUCCAAAGCAAGUGCUAAAAUGACCUCUAGUUUGCCAAGGUUGCUGUUUCCUUAGACAAAGAAAUGAGUGCAGACUUUUAACUGUAUAAAGGUUUGGUUUGCUUUGUGAAGUGGCAGAGUUAGACUGUUUGAAAAUGUAUUUUUAUUUUAUGCAGUGUGUAAUUUAUUUUAUUUAAGUGGAUUUACCUUUGAUGACUAAUUAUCUGCUGUUCCUAACACUCCAAUAUCUACUAAACGCUAGAAUGUAGCCAAAAACACUCAACUAAACUGUGACUGACGUGCAGCUGAAUCUGUUUGCUAUUUUAAUAGGUCACUUAGCUUUUAAUGUCAUAACCUUAUUAACAUAUCUAAUCUAGAUGAUUCCAUAUCACAUUUCAUGUUGUCAUAUAUAGACUGAAUGCUUGUAUUGUUUAUGGUUUGGCACAAUCUGUGAUGAUCAAGUGUCAUGUUUGCUGCUCCGGUCACCAAGUUCUCUCCUGACGUUAUACUUGAAUAUGCUGCUACACUGUUCACACGUUUGAACUGCAACACCAGUGGCUCUCUGAUCUUUUCUGGCGUGCCUUUCUUUGGAAGGUGAGCAAAAGUUUGAGAGCCGCUGUAUUAUUAGACUGAUAGUUUAUGAUAGGAAUGUACUGUCUAGCCAAAAGUAUCAAACACACUGCACCUAUGACAAGCCCCUGUGUCAUUUAAUCAGUAGUGGUAAUCGCAAUUAUAUCAACAGUUGUUUUUUGUAAUAGUUAGAACUCCAAGUCAACAUAUCUAUAAUGUAAUUGUGACUAUUAGCAAUUGCGUUAAUGAUAUCCACAAUUAAUUUGACACUAAUCAAAAUGUUAUUUCUUGAUAUCAACAAAAAAAUUCUUACUAGUGGGAUUGUUCAUAGCAGAUAUGUGUAACUUCAUUGCAACUAGUCAACUUUUACCAUUGACUUUGAUUCAAAUUUGGUUACAGAUAUCUAUAAUUCACUUUUGAUGGUUUAAAAUUCCAAGCACCCAUAUCCAUAAUCUAAUUUUGACUAGUUGUAGUUCUAAUUAUUGAUAUGUACAACUCUUUCCACUUGUCAAAAUGUUAAUAAUUAGCAAUUAAUUUCAUACCAGUAAAAAUGUUCAUUGUAGAUAACUGUAAUUUAAUUAUAACUAGUCCACUUUUACCACUGACUAUUAAAACUCAAUUAUAUAUAUUUAUUCAAUUUUCUCGAUGUGUUUAAG